UGGUGCUGGGUCGUAACUGCACCCCGGUGCGUCGCAGAAAUAAUACGCGACCUGAUACGUCAUCGACAGGAGACGCGCUAGCACAAGAAGCAGCAGCAACAAUGCUUUUCUACUCGUUUUUCAAGUCAUUGGUGGGGAAGGACGUGGUGGUGGAGCUCAAAAAUGACUUGAGCAUCUGUGGAACCCUUCACUCCGUUGACCAGUACCUGAACAUUAAGCUCACAGACAUCAGUGUCACAGACCCAGAGAAAUAUCCACAUAUGCUGUCUGUGAAAAACUGUUUCAUCCGUGGAUCGGUGGUCCGAUAUGUUCAGCUUCCCGCAGAUGAGGUGGACACUCAGCUGCUGCAGGACGCUGCGCGAAAAGAAGCCAUGCAGCAGAAGCAGUGAUGCAGCUGCAGGACGGGGUUUAGUCCGGGGCGGGAUUUUUUCUAACGGUGAAUAAUGCAUAGUUUAAGUUGAGUACAUUUAAUGAUGAGCCGUUUGUGCAGCUUUUGACACAAAGCUAAUAAGCCUCUUCCUUCCAUUAGUGAUGAAUAAUUUGCAAAUGAGUAAUUAUUGGGAACCUGAUUCUUCUUCAUGUUUGUUCUUUUUUUUUUUGUUAAAAUGAAAACAAACCAAUUUUGAGUCCAGAGAAGUAAAGAUCCUCUCUGAUGUUUAUGUUUCAUAAUAACAGCAACUGUUUGCUCUCAUACAAAUGAUGACGUUUGGAUUUUUUUAUGCCACUUGGAAAUAAAACUUAUUUUAUUUAUA